GUCGGACAUUCUGCAUAUUACAGUCAGUUCACAAGCCUGUUCGUGUAGCCGAUUAUGACUUUCCUGAUGGAUAUGGGCAAAAGUUAAUUCCAUCGGUUUACCUUAUGAUCAAACCGAAUGAAUUAAAUGAUGAUUUGAGAACAGGACAACUUGCCAUUUUUGUACGUCGUCAAUGGUCCCUUGGAACUUCUUCAUUCAUGCAUAUGCAAGACCUCAAAAGCCUCAUUCUAGAUCCUCAAUAUGAUGAUGCGUUAAAGGCUGACGGAGAAAUUCGACCUAUCUGGAUAUUAUUAACACACGCACUGGGACAAUCUAAGUAUAAUCCUGUUGAAAGGGGCAUAGCAACACUAUCCGGAAAAUUGGCAGGUAUUACUCUACCAAUUGAUCACUUUGGGACGCAUCUAGAUAUACAAGCACAUACAAAAGAGAUUGAAGGAAACGCGAUUAAUAGUGAAUGGGGAGAUACUUUAAUAGAUUUAAGCAAUAACACCAAUUGUUUAUUUGAAAUAAUGGAUCAACAUAAAAAAGUAUCAUCAGAUACUUUAGACCUUUUAGAAGUGGUUUGUAAGAAAUUGGAAAACUUAGAGGCUUUAGCUGUUUACAGGGACUUUAUCUCGCUUCUUGUUUUAGAAGUGCAACAAAGAUUAGGUAACAAAGUAUGGGUUGCAGUAAGCAUUGCUAUUCACAGGAAGAGGAAUUAUAAAAAAGUGGAUUUCAGGAAAUUUGAAAAGGACAAUAUUUUAAAGUUGAAGAAGGUCUUAUCUGACGUUGAUAUUUCUGUUGAAGAAUUUGAGUUAUUGAUAGCUUUAAAAGACGAAAGUAAUUGUGAGUUCCAUAAAUGUGAAGAUCAAGAUCGGAAGAAAUUAAACAACAACUCGAAACGUCACUUCCUAGAGAGCUACAAGGAUUCAAAGACCCCUUGA